AUAAAGGUAAUAUUUAUGUAUUUAUUUAUUUAUCACAAUAACAUAAAAAUCAAACCGAGAAGGGGAAAUUUACUUCGCCGUCGUCAAGUAGACGUCGCGGCCACAUCGCUUCUCUCAUCGUCUUCCUCCUCGCCUCGCCGCCGCCGACGGGGUCCCCAACAAUCCGACCAAUCCGAUCCCAUCUGCUUCCCUCCAGGCCCGCGGGAAUCGUAUCAUCCAGUGAGGAAUCCCGCGGCCGGAUUCAAAGGAAACCGCCGGAGCCGGAUUCCGGGGAGAAUCAAGAAACCCCCGCACCCCACAAGGGUGCUCGUCCAUGGACACGGAGCCGCUGCUGCAGCCGUCGCCGCCCCAGCACCUGCUCCACCCGCUGCCGGAGCACGCCGAGGUCUCCCGCUUCUCCCCUCCCCUCUCCCCCUGCCCUUCGCCGGCGUCCUCGUAUAAGGACCGGAUCAUCUUCGGCGCGCAUCCGCCACCGCCGCCGCCGCCGCCGCCUCCCCCGCCUCCUCCUCCGCCCCCGCCGUGCCCCUCGAGGGGGAGGCACUGGCGGCGUGUGCCCGGGGAUGACCUCGAUGUGCCGUCCUGCUCCUCCUCGCCUCCCUCCGACGAGGAGAACCCCCCGCCCAACCCGCCCUCGCUGUUCGGCUUCAUCUCCGAGGCACGCACCAACCUCCACCGCUCGCGCACCGCGCCGGCCAUGGCGCCGCUCAACGCGGCGAUGCUCGCCGCCGCGGGGGACAGCCGGAGCCCACCGCCUCCCCCUCGGCGCCCGGCCAUCGUGCUGCACGCCUUCCUCUUCCUGCUCGCCUACCUCUCCCUGGGCGUCACUUUCUACGCCGCCCUGCCGGGCAACUUCACCUCCUCCGCCGGCCCUACCCACCCCGUCGCCGACGCGCUCUACUUCUGCAUCGUCACGCUCUGCACCAUCGGCUACGGAGACAUCACCCCGGCGACCCCCGCCGCGAAGCUCUUCUCCAUCUCCUUUGUCCUCAUCGGAUUUGGCUUCAUCGACAUCCUCCUAUCAGGGAUGGUCUCCUAUGUGCUCGACCUCCAGGAGCACCUCCUCAUCACCGCGCUCAAGAAUCCCCGCUCUGUGCGCAAGCACCGGCACAAUUACAUCUUUGAUCUCAAGAAGGGCCGGAUGCGUGUGCGCAUGAAGGUCGCGCUCGCGCUUGCCGUGGUGGCCAUCUGCGUGGGAGUUGGCGCCGCGGUGCUCCAGAGGGUCGAGAACAUGGGUUGGCUCGAUGCUGUUUACCUCGCUGUGAUGUCAGUGACCACCGUUGGGUAUGGUGAUCAUGCGUUCCAGACACUGGCUGGGCGGCUCUUUGCGUCCGCGUGGCUGCUCGUGUCGACUCUGGCUGUUGCACGGGCAUUCCUCUACUUGGCGGAGAUGAGGAUUGACAAGAGGCACCGCGCAAUGGCUAACUGGGUGCUGUCGAGAGACAUGACUGUGUCAGAGUUUCUAGCUGCAGAUAUCGACAACAACGGAUAUGUCACGAAAUCAGAAUUUGUAAUUUACAAGCUCAAGGAGAUGGGAAAGAUUUCAGAAAAAGACAUCAUUAUGAUCUGUGACCAAUUCCAAAGGCUGGACACAGGGAACUGUGGGAAGAUUACGCUUUCAGAUCUUCUCGAAAGUCAUCACUUGGUCACUGACCUUAGUGAAAAGAAAAAGGGGAAGAAAUCAUAAUAGAUGUUGCAAGACGCAGGAAAACCGUAGAGUAGUAAGCAUUUUGCUCAUGUAAGAUAUGCUGAAUCAUCAAGGGUGGAGCUAGGAAGCUUCCUCCGCUGAAUUCAGAAAGCAACCAUUGAUGGUAGGAUAGGU